GACUCUGUUAGUUACUUCCGUAGUUUGUUGCCGUUUGUUGAAGUGUACCGGUAUCUCGUGAUCAAAUUGUUUGUAGUUUUAUUGUGAAAUUUGUCACACAGGCAAAGGGCUAUGGCUAUUGAUCGUGCUUGUGAGAGAUACUGACGAUUUAGAAAUUACGAUUUCAGGUUAAGGAAGGAGUAACAACAUGCCGUCUGGACACCGGGAUUUCUGCUUGAAGUUGGUCUGAUGAUUUCUGUAGUCGUAUAAAGUAAGCGUACGUACAUGUGCAGGUAGCUGUUUGUUCGGGCACUAGUGUGCGAUAUUUUGCCUCUUUUGAUCACCCACGAAGUGAGGUAUUCCCAUUGAGUUUGCGUGACACAGUUCGUCUGAACCAGCCAUGGCCAGGCUACCUGUCAUGGCCCCUGUGCUCCAUGCUUGCUUCCGGGGAAGACACCAAACGUUGUACCAUAAGAUAGCGGUGUUGGUGUUGACGUUCUUCACCUACAUGACCUACCACCUGUCGAGAAGACCAAUCAGCAUUGCCAAGGGCGUUUGGCACCGAAACUGCUCCAUACCCAUCAACAACUUAGAGUAUCCCAUCUUCAAUGCCUCUGAGGCAGGAAACCCAAACUGGUGCGACUGGAAACCUUUUGACACGGAAGAUGCUGAAACCUUACUAGGAUGGCUUGACACCGGGUAUUUAUUUGCAUAUGCAGUUGGAAUGUUUUUCAGUGGUCACAUUGCGGAGCGCAUGAGUCUACGCUAUUUCCUGUUCGGUGGCAUGUUCCUGAGUGGGCUCUUCACAGCCGCAGUCGGCCUGGCCCAGUUCUUUGACAUUCACAACUACGCCUACUUCAUCACAAUGAUGAUUGUUGGAGGUUUUUUCCAGGCUACUGGUUGGCCUGCUGUGAUUGCCGUGGUAGCCAACUGGUAUGGAAAAGGAAGGCGUGGCUUCAUCAUGGGUGUAUGGAACACCCACACCAGCCUGGGUAACAUCUUGGGCGCGGUCAUUGCAGGACUCUUUGUGGAUUACAAUUGGGCGUGGUCCUUCAUCGUGCCCGGCGCCAUCAUAGCACUGAUGGGGUUUGUCGUCUUCCUGUUCCUCAUUGAAUAUCCAACAGAUAUAGGCUGUGAUCCACCUGAAGAGCAAAAAACGGAUUCUAAGUCCAUGGCCGUCAACUCUUCCGAUGACGAGGGUGAGGAUCUCAGCGAGAGGAAGGUCUUAUCUGAGCAGCCGCCUGUUAGCCUAGGGAGAGCCUUAAUGAUUCCGGGCGUCAUCGAAUUCUCCCUAUCCUUGUUUUUCUGCAAGUUAGUCAGCUACACCUUUCUAUUCUGGCUGCCCUACUAUAUCCAGGGUACAACAAACUUAUCGGACGAACAAUCAGCGGAUUUCUCCACCUUGUUUGACGUGGGUGGUGUCCUGGGCGGCAUUGUCAUUGGGCUUCUGUCGGAUCUCUCCGGAGCCAGCGCUACGGUGUCGUUUCUCGCUCUAGUAAUAUCCGCACCUUUGGUUUAUAUUUACAAUGCAUUCGGUUAUCUCAGCCUCGCCAAGGGUGUAGGUCUGAUGAUGUUGACGGCGUUUUUCACCAACGCACCAUAUGCACUCAUUACAACGGCCGUGUCUGCAGAUUUGGGUACGCAUCCCACCCUCCAUGGUAACGCCAAAGCCUUAGCAACAGUCGCUGCUAUAAUUGACGGGACGGGUACCGUGGGUGCCGCCUUGGGGCCUCUCCUAACAGGCAUCAUCAACCCGACGGGGAAAACCGGCUGGAAUUAUGUCUUCAUUAUGCUAGCAGCGGCCGAGGUUACCUCUGCCUUGUGCCUGCUAAGAUUGGUGUACAAGGACUUCAAGAGAGCGUGCAGUGGGAACGAGUACCAGCUAUUGCCAGGUACCGGUGCAAAUGCCGAUGAUAAUGUUGGUACACUCACGUACCCUGCCGAAGUACCAUUCAAUAAGUGAUGGCUUUUAAAUGGAGGUAAAAGGGAACGCAUUCAUCUACUUCAGAGGUGGAAAGCUUCCGAUGAUUCUCCCAAGUAACAGAUGCUUUGACAAGGAACAGUAUUGUCUGACAGCCAAGAUUAUAUUUUUUAUAUUGCUAGCGAGAGAGGCUGCUUCAAGUGGAGCCUCCAGUAAGCACACAAUUGUUGGUGUGCAUGAGGAGUUUGUUAAGCAGGAACAGCUAUUACCGGCUGAGGUUAUAAGACCAACUUCUUUGCAGCCUUAAGCAGUGAUACUUGCUAAGAACAAAAAAACAUUGCUUUAUAACAAAUACAAAUCACUAUUGCUUGAUGGUGGUCAUCAGCCGAUUUUCGCUUAGCCUGUAAAUUUACUAAGCGCUAUUUCCUGCUUAAUAGCUCCACGAUGCUUGGUCCUUGUUCUUAGUUAUACAGUCAAGUCUCGUUAAUACAAACUAGCCAAAUUGUUUGUUAUAUCAGAAUUUUGUAUUAAGAGGAACAUCAGUCCCAUUCCUUGUGCACAUAAAUGCACAGUCGGGACCAAGGUUUUAUGUUUGUUAUAACCAGAAUUUUGUAUUAACAGAGUUUGUACUAACGAGAGUCGACUGUAUUUGGCCUUGCAUGUAUCCUUAAUAAGUAGAUUUUAAGAUGAAAUUGAAUGCCUAGCAGCUCAUUGGAAUUGGCACUGUGUCACCGUUGCCUUGGUUUUAUACUAGUCUAGGAAAUAUUUUUUUAAAAAAGGGCUCAUUUAAGGCAAGAAGAGGCAUUUUCGAGUAGAAGUUGGUAACAUAGCUAUUUUACUAUUUCACCUAAUUCGGAGGUGCCGAAUCCGAAAAUGAUGGUUACCAAGCUUGGAUUUCUAGUGGAAAUGAGCCUUAUUUGCAUAAAUCUUUAAUACCUGUCGUGAAAUAUAUUUGUUCCUAUAUAUGUGUAUAUUUUUUAUUAUUUUAUUUUUUGAAAAGUUUAUUUUGGUGAUUCUACUUACACUUCCUGACUUCAAUAACAUAAAUAUAAAAUAAUAAAAAAUAUACCAAGAUAUGGGAACAACUAUAUUACACGACAAGUAUAAAAGAUUUAUGCAAAUUAGGCAUAUUUCCACUAAAAAUCCAGCUGGGUAACUAUCAUUUUCGGAUUCAGCACCCCAAAAUUAGGUGGUACACGUAUAGCUAUGUUACCAACUUCUACUCGAAAAUGCCUCUUCAUGUAACAAUUUUUGAAAUAUCGCCUAGUCUAUACCCUUUAUAAGUUGGGACUUUGAGAAUUUAAGUCACAAAAAAACUUGGUUGUACGUACUUUGUUUUGUUUGUAUAAAAGUCCAUUCUUAUUCUCAGGUUUCUUCGUAUAAAAAAGGUACAACCAGCUGUGCAGGGAAACAUUUUAUUUUUGUUGUCCAUUUAGUUUUAUGUUUGUUUUGACUUAAUACUUUUGUGACGAUCUAGUCUAUUUGUUUUUUAAAAUUUCAAAUUACUUAUGUUAAGGUAUAAGUUUUAAAAAAAGGGCUUCUCUUUAUUGGGACGUUUUUGAAUUGUUUUAGAAAGGGGUGGCGCAUAUCUGUCAAGGGCCACAAAUGGAAUUUGUUUUAAUGAAGUCCUUAAAAAUGACCCUAUGUAUCCCAUUAACGUAUUUUCAUUCUUCAUAUUGCCAGGAUGUUUGAGGAUGUUUGAUGACUGUUUGUUUUUUUAACAUGA